CACCGUUCUUUUUUUUUUUUAUUUCCUUUUUCGUAAUAUAUCUCUUAAACUUAUCUCAAACACCAUGUGAGUCCUCCUGUCACUCCUAUAAAACUCAAUAAUAUAUUCACAUCUCCCAUUAUCACCGUUCCCACACAUAACCUUAUUUAUAUGUUCACUUCAAAAUUCUUCUAUACUAUCAACUUUCUCUAUAAACCCCUAUAUAUAUAGUAAACUCUCAAACUUUCAGCUAUAAACCUUUCCUUUCUCUGAUCUGAAUCGUAUUCGUGUUGGUUGCUCUUAGCUAAAAAACAUUCAUAGAACGGAUUGGUUUUUUUUUUUCGUAUGAUGGAGCUGAUUUCAGGUCUACCUGAUGACGUGGCCCGAGACUGUUUGAUUCGGGUUUCGUACCAGCAGUUCUCCGCCGUUGCCUCCGUCUGCAAAGGGUGGAAUACGGAGAUUCAGAUGCCGGAGUUUCGCCGUCGAAGGAGAACCACUGGCCACUCCGAGAAAAUCUUCGUCACGGUUCAAUCCCGAGUUGACUCGGAUAAACGCGAAAGCGGCUUGCUCGUUAAGGCCAUGACGAACCCGGUUUUCCGGCUGAGCGUAUUCGAACCGGAAACGGGUAUCUGGAGCGAGUUGCCGAUGGCACCCGAAUUCCAUAACGGGUUACCCAUGUUCUGUCAGAUAGCGGGUGUCGGGUAUGACCUGGUGAUUAUGGGCGGGUGGGACCCGGAUUCGUGGAAAGCCUCCAAUUCGGUUUUUAUAUAUAAUUUCUUGUCAGCUAAAUGGCGCCGUGGGGCCGAUAUGCCUGGUGGGCCCCGCACGUUCUUCGCAUGCGCGUCGGAUUAUGAUCGUACGGUGUACGUGGCAGGUGGACACGAUGAGGAGAAGAAUGCGCUGAGGUCAGCGUUCGCGUAUGACGUGGCAAGGGACGUGUGGGUCCCGCUGCCUGACAUGGCGAGGGAGCGCGACGAGUGCAAGGCCGUGUUCCGCCGCGACGGAGGCGGCAGCGGCACCCUCCGCGUCGUCGGCGGGUACCGCACGGAGAUGCAGGGGCGGUUCGAGCCGAGCGCGGAGGCCUUCGACGUUGAUGCGUGGAAGUGGAGCCCCUUGGAGGAGGAGUUCUUGGAUGGAGGCGCGUGUCCGAGGACGUGCGUGGACGGUGGGGAUGAGGAGGGGAGAAUGUACAUGUGCAGGGGUGGUGACGUGGUGGAACUGAAGGGGAACACGUGGCAAACGGUGGCGAAGGUGCCGGGUGAGAUAAGGAACGUUGCAUGCGUUGGAGCGUGGGAAGGGGCACUGUUGUUGAUUGGGUCGAGUGGGUUGGGUGAACCGCAUAUGGGCUUUUUGUUGGACCUGAAGAGUGGUGCUUGGGCUAAACUUGAUAGCCCAGACAAUUACACUGGCCACGUCCAGUCUGGUUGCCUUUUGGAAAUUUAGUUUUUGUUUUCAUAUAUAACUCUCUCUGUUUAUGUAAGUAAAUAUGAAGCAACAUUUUUUUUUCUUUAGUUGCUUUGCUUAUAUAUAGUUAUAUAUAUACGAAGAGUGCUUGCUGCUUG